ACUUGAACGGCUGCGUAAGCUUAUGCCAGGCAGAAGUUUAUCAGAACAUUAGAAAAGUCGCUCGAUACAUCGCUGCCACGAGGCACACGCUGCCAGUUGCUUGACCGAAAUGGACUUCACAGCGAGUAACAUCCUCCUCCUCUCUCUAGUGGAAGCUGCUGUUUCGGUCUACUUCUUUCCUCAAGUCUUCCCUAGAAAUGCUCUGGCGUCGUUUUAUCUUAUCUUCGUUAUUGUUCAGGGCACAGCUUGGUGCUUCCAGAAACUUAUCAUAUACCCCUUCUUCCUCAGCCCGCUUCGUCAUCUACCGCAUCCGCCAAAAGGCUUCUACCCAUUGAUCGGCCAUGGACUGAUACUCUUUAAGCGACCACCCGGUCAGGCUUUCCUCAAUAUAUUGAAAGAGACGGAGAACGACGGUCUAAUACAUUUCCGUGGAGUCUUCCACGCUGACCGAUUGCUUCUAGCGAGCCCAGCUGCUCUUGCAGACGUGCUCGUACAUCGGAGCUAUGAUUUCGAGAAACCGCCGUGGGCGAGAAACUUCUUGAGGAAAUUUCUCGGCGACGGACUGCUCAUGACGGAGGGCGACGAGCACAGGCAUCAGCGCAAGCACAUCAUGCCGGCUUUCAGCUUCCGUCAUAUCAAGGAGUUGUACCCAGUGUUUUGGUCCAAAUCGAUUGAGCUCUGUCAGGUGGUCAGCCGUGAGCUAGGGGAGAAGCCCGAUAAAGUCCUCGACAUAGGACACUUUUCGACCAUGGUCACCUUGGAUAUCAUUGGACUGGCUGGCCUUGGCCGUGAUAUUGGUUCCUUGAGGAAUAAUGAUGACGUGCUCAUUGAAAACUAUGAAGAGAUCCUGGAGCCCAGCACUGAAAAGGCUGUGUAUUUCGUGUUACACCUUCUAUUCCCACCAUGGGUUAUGGCAGCGCUACCGUGGAAACUCAAUGAGAGGGUGAAGAUCACGACUGGCAAUCUCAAGAGGAUCUGCGGAGAAUUCGUUGCGAACAAGAAAAGUCGGAUGAAGAUGGAAAGUGAGGAAGGGAAGGACAUCCUAAGCAUCAUGCUCCGAUCGAACAACUUCUCUGACAAUGGGCUGGUCGACCAGCUUCUUACGUUUCUCGCAGCAGGUCAUGAAACAACGUCCUCAGCUCUGACAUGGGCAACCCACCUCCUCUCGACUCACCCCGAAAUCCAGACUCGCUUGCGCACGGAGAUUCAAGAGAACAUCCCGGACCGAAAGGCAUUAUUGGACCCGAAUUUCGAUAUUGCUGCGCUUCUCGAAUCGCUGCCGUACCUAAAUGCCGUCUGCAAUGAAGUUCUCCGUCUUUUCCCAACUAUCCCUGUUUCGGCACGCAUGGCCUCUCGUGACACAACUGUCUGCGGCCACUUCAUCCCCAAGGGCACACUCCUUCAAGUGGUUCCAUGGGCGACAAACCGCGACCCGGCGCUUUGGGGUCCGGACUCUGAGAAGUUCAUUCCCGAACGUUGGAUCGACGAGUCGGGACGCACCACCAUGAACGGCGGAGCUGAUAGCAACUACUCGUUCUUGACGUUUCUACAUGGACCGCGGAGCUGCAUAGGGGAGCGCUUUGCGCGGGCAGAAAUGAGGGCACUAGUUGCUGCUUUUGUGGGUGAGUUCAAGAUGCAGAUGGCGAACCCUGAAGAGAAAGUGCGACCUGGAGGGACAAUAACGAGCAAGCCGAUUGACGGUAUGAGACUGAAGCUAGAGCCAGUAACAUGGGGAGAGUGAGACCACUCGCAGACCAAGACCUGAAUCUAGAUCAAUCAAGCGUUGCUCGCGUGGCGACUUACGUGAAGUUAUAUGCGAGUAAUGCACGAACGUUUACGCAAUUUUUUCGAUACAUGUUGCGACCAUCGGUGAUCUGACUCUUUGAAGC